AAAUCAAAACAUGACUGUUAACAAUAAUCAGGGUCGUCGCCCAUCGGCGAAUGAUGAUACGAACGGUUUCGUCAAUGUUGCAUUUACACACGACGAACGAGCGACAGAAAAUGUGAUUCGUCGUAAGAGUGGCAAUUCGAAUUCCUUGCAAUUGGAUAAUGGCACAUCGAUGUCAACAAAUACGGUUCCCGUGUCAAGUGGUAAUGGUACUGCUCCUCCCAUUGAUUUCGACGAUAUUUUACCAAUGAUCGGUGAAUUUGGUAAAUAUCAGAAAAUUCUCUUCAUCUGCAUGAUACCUUUUGCCUUCUUUGUGGCCUUUAUAUAUUUUUCGCAAAUAUUUUUAACUUUAAUACCGGAACAACAUUGGUGCACUGUACCGGAAUUGGAGGGUUUACCAUUGGAAGAAAGACUUGCUCUUUCUAUACCCCGAAUGGACAAUGGCGAUUAUCAUAAUUGUUUAAUGUUUAAUGUCAACUAUACGGAUCUUGUGGCUCAGGGUAUACGCAAAGCUGACCCCACAUGGCCCACUGUGGCCUGUAUGCAUGGUUGGUCAUAUAAUUUCACAGAAAUUCCCUAUACAACAGUGGCAACGGAAGAAAAUUGGGUGUGUGAAGAUGACACAUUGCCCACGUAUGCUCAGUCAAUAUUUUUCCUUGGUGCCAUUGUAGGAGGUCUUCUGUUCGGUUGGAUUGCUGAUAAAUUUGGACGAAUUCCAUCAUUGAUUGGCUGUAAUCUGGUUGGAUUUGCAGCAGGUGUAGCCACAGCCUUUAUUUCGAAUUUUUGGCAAUUUGCCGUUAUGCGUUUCUUUGUGGGAUUUGCUUUUGACAAUUGUUUUACCAUGAUGUAUAUAUUGGUUUUGGAAUAUGUGGGACCCCGUUACCGCACCUUUGUUGCUAAUAUGUCCAUAGCUAUAUUCUUUACAAUGGCUGCGUGUAUGUUACCCUGGAUUGCCUACUAUUUGGCAAAUUGGAGAAUUUUGGCUGUUGUUACUUCAGCGCCUCUCUUACUAGCUGUAUUCACACCCUUGGUGGUACCCGAGUCAGCAAGAUGGCUGGUUUCCCAGGGCAAAGUGGACAAGGCUGUUUCCAUUCUAAAGAAAUUGGAAAAAGUUAAUGGAAAACACAUUUCCCCGGAGACAUAUCAAAAUUUCACCGAUAGUUGUUUGAAACUACGUCAAGAGGAGACCACAAAUCAAUCACAUUCCAUCAUGGAUUUAUUUAGGACUCCACGUUUGAGACGUACUACCAUUUUGCUGAUUAUCAUUUGGAUGGCCAUUUCAUUGGUGUUUGAUGGUCAUGUGCGUAAUGUUGGCUCCCUAGGACUGGAUAUAUUUUUCACAUUUACCGUCGCCAGUUUUACUGAAUUCCCAGCUGAUACCUUACUAACUCUUACAUUGGAUCGCUUUGGCCGUCGAUGGUUGGCAUGCGGAAGUAUGGUGUUGAGUGGUAUUUUCAGUCUCCUGGCAACCAUUGCACCAGUUGGUGUUUAUUCUGCCAGUUUGGCCAUUGUUGGACGUUUCUUUAUAAAUAUAUCCUAUAAUAUUGGUCUACAAUAUGCUGCUGAAAUCUUGCCCACUGUGGUAAGAGCUCAGGGAGUUGCAUUUAUACACAUAAUGGGCUAUGUGGCAUCGAUAAUUGCUCCAUUCGUUGUCUACCUCACAUAUAUUUCACCCAUGCUGCCCCUGAUAAUAUUGGGUAUAUUAGGCAUUGUUGGCGGCCUUUUGUCACUACUGCUACCAGAAACCUUAGAUCAUGAUCUACCUCAAACCUUGAGUGAUGGUGAAGAAUUUGGACGUGGCCAAAGUAUAUGGGAUUUCCCUUGUUUGGCAAAGAAAAUCGACGAAUCAAAUGAUCUUGAAGUAAGAAGUCCACAUUUUGUGCGUUCAUCGCAAAGUGGCGCUUCACUGCGAGCUUCAACCGGAGGUGAAUUGAGAUCCAGUAUAUUACAGCGAUCCGUAAGAUCUCGUUAUACAUCAAAAUUGUAA